AUGGAUUCCGACAAAAAUGAAUAUUGCAAUAUUGAAUUUAAACCAGUUAAAAAAAGUGAUGCCAAAAAAUGGCACAUUUCUUGGUUCACCUCUGCAUCUAGCAAAAUUAUUGAAAAAGAUGUGGAAAUUAUAGUCAGGGAACCUCGAUUCAUUGAAACAUCAGUAGAAGAAUCGGAAAAUAAAAACAGCUAUAAUCUUAUGUGUCGUAUUAAAUCAGAGGGUAUUCAACACUGUAUAUUUGAAAGGCCUGAUGGAAAAAUUCUGAAUUUGAAACCAGGAAUAGGGCUUGGUCGUUAUAGUUACUAUGGUGAUGGAUUUUCAACUUCAAGUUAUAAAGAAACUAUUAAUGAAUGUGGUUUGACAAUUAGUAAUGCAGAAAAAGAAGAUUUUGGAAUUUGGAAAUGUUUUUUGAAAGAUGCUGAUAAAAAGAAAAAUCAGGCAGCAGAUGUGUCAUAUUUAAAAGUGGGAGAAGAAAUAGCCGUUGAAAAUAUCCCGCACACUGACCACAAGAGAAUUGAAACAUCUGUUUCUGAAACACUAACAAUAACUUGCACAAUUAGAUCAAGUUUAGAUUAUUGUUUAAUUCAGCAUCCUGAUGGCAUUACAAACUUUAAGCCAACUGAAAGCACGCCGGUUGACGUUUGCGAUCUUCGCAUGGGUCUUUGCGGCGUGCAGGUUUACAACUUGACGCGCGAAGAUUCUGGCGAAUGGGGUUGUCGCAUGGGGGUAAAAGAUGCAGCUGAAGUAAUUACUAAAUAUACUGUUGAAAUUUAUGAUGAACAAAUCGUAAAUUUGGAUAAUCAAGCAGUAAAUUUGGGAGAUUCAGCCUCCAUUGGCUGCAGGUCUAUAAAUAAUAUAUCAUUAUCUUAUUGUAAAUUCAAAAGACUUGAUGGAUUUAGUCUGCACUCAAAAGAUGUACCAAAAAGUUCACAGUAUAAGUUCACAGGCGAUUUAAAAAAUGGUUUAUGCAAAUUAAAUAUUGGCCAUAUAAAUGCUUCAGAUAUAAACACUUGGAUUUGCUCCAUAGGCCUGCUUGAUGCAAAUGAAGAAUUCUCAACUAAAAUAAAAGUCUUUAGUAAAACAUCAACAAAUACAAUUUUACGACCGAUAGGCACUCAUAUUGUUUUAUUAACUAUCACUGGCAUUUCACUAAUCGUUGUUGGUAUAUUAGUAUUUUACAAAUAUAGAAAUAUAAUAAAACAUAAAGUUACCAGACGAUAUUCCCGCAAUGCAAUGCCUAAACCAGAAGACCCAGUACCAUUUUAUCUACCGGCUGAUUCUCCAUUACCUACCAAGAUCUAA